AAUGUCAUUAACGUCAAAAAAGUGAUAUCGAUUUUGUUUACGGUACAUUUUACAGUUUCUCUCAAUUUUAUAUAAAAAUCUGCAACUGAGAAUGUCGUCGAUAAUGCAGAAGUGUGGUGAUGAUAAUAUUCCACUGGCCGAUGAUGAUCCACAAGUGAUUAUUACUGAUGACGUCGAAAACAAUCGAUUAGAUCAUGGUCGUUCCAUGGACUCAUUACCCAGUUCCUAUACAGGAGGAUCUUCUAGCCCUGGCCUGAAUGGUCCUCCGAGCUUCGAGCCUGAUUCGGGCAUCGAUGAGCAAGAGGAGAAGGCCCGAUUGAUAUCACAAGUGUUGGAGCUUCAGAACACUUUGGACGAUCUGUCUCAAAGAGUGGACUCUGUCAAAGAAGAAAACCUGAAAUUACGUUCGGAAAACCAAGUUCUUGGACAGUAUAUAGAAAAUUUAAUGUCUGCCUCUUCAGUAUUCCAAUCUACAACUCCUAAUGUGCAUAAGAAAUAGAAUUAAUUACUGUUCAUUAUGUAAAGCAAGCAAGAUGUAAUUGGUGUUCGACAUUGCAGAUGCUAUGAAACUUUGAAAGAGGCUUAGCUUUAAUAUUCCCAUGUUAUUUUGUACAAGAAUUUUUUAAACUUAUUGUUACAGCAUUUAAUCCUGGACCAAUUUCAAUCAUUUGAGUACUGCAAUCAAUGAAUGUGUUUCAAUACUUUCACAGCUGUUUGUUCAUGGGAUAAUAUUAUGUUGAUAUCAAUUUAUGCAUUAAUUACAUGGUACUCUUUGUAUUUGUAAGGUUAAUUAAUAUAAUUCAUAUCAAAAGAAACAUUGUACAUGGGUUGUUUCAUGAUUUUACUUUGCACAUUGCAAUUUAAUAAGGUGUGCACACUCUUGAGGCUUUCUUUUUUUAUUGGUCCACUUUGGCCAGUGCCCUGAAUGCAUAUUGUGAGUAUUUUAGAAUAUAAUUAUCACUCAUGUAAGCUGUGGAUCAAAUUAGAGAUUUAAACUGCAUAUUUUGAUGUUUUGUUGAGUUACUGAGGCCCUAUUAAGAAAUUAGACUCAAAUUAUUUCAAAUAUUAAAAUUCUAACUGGAACCUGGAAAUCCUGCAUGCUUGGAUUGGAAAGUUGCAAAUUAGCAAAAUAUGUGUCAUAAGAUAUUCAGUAAUCCUUUCAUAAAUUAGCAAUAGCAACUCAGUUUAUGUUUGAUAUCAUGUCCUAUUUUUUUUUUCAUAAAAGUUUUGCUCUACUUUUCAUUAGUGCAAUCAUUCUGUAAAUAGAAUAUUAUUAUGGGGUAGUGGUGUAUUUCAUAUUAAAUAAUUCUGUACAUUCCACACUAUGCGGUUCAAAUAAGCAUGAAGAGUGCAAUUAGAGUUUUUAGUGAUGGUGCUCUCUUGAAAUAUUUUUAUGAAUACUAAUCUCGAAUGUAUCUCACAAUUUAUUAUUGUUGUUAAGCUUUUAAAUAAAAUAAUUUAUAUUAA